AUGGGCAAGAAAAACAAAGAGCUCUCCCAUGAGGAGAUUUGGGACGAUUCAGCUCUAGUCAGGUCUUGGGAUGAUGCUCUAGAAGAGUACAAGCGCUUUCAUAGCAUUCAAGCCCGGGGAGAAAACGUGGACGAUCUUUUGCAGAAAUUGGAGGCUGAAGAAGAUGGACUGGCCGACCCUGCUUCUGGUCAAUUACGCCAGGAACUUGCCCAAGGGGAGGUUGUCCAAGAACCGGAGCACGACGAGGUCAUGGAGGAUGACGAAGUGAAUGAGAAUAAUGACCAGCGCACGAAAUCAGAAGAUGUGGCGAAGAAUGAGGGAACCGAGUCGUUACCUGAAACCCAGCAAGCUGCUAAUGGAGAUCAUUCCUCGAACGCGGUGUCAAUGCCGCCCCCUAUCCCGUCAGCCCUGGUUGGAGCAGUGCAAGAUGAUGCCCUUAAAAACUUGAUGAUGAGCUGGUACUAUGCCGGCUACUAUACGGGGUUUUAUGAAGGGCAACAGAAAGCAAGGGGGCAAGACGAGAAGAAAAGUUCUACUUAA